GAGGAAGGAUAUAAAAAGAGGUUCCAGAGAAAAAAAAGUGUCCCUUUUGUUUACUCCGUUUUCUGAGCUCAUGAACCUUACGCAUUAGUGUCGUGUGUCUCGAGUUUCAAAUUGCAGAGCCACACGUGUUUUGCUGUGUCACCGGCCCCUUUCCGUGAUAUGACAUGUCACAUGACGGGCUCUUUUUUUAUUUUUAAGACCUGCGCCUGUUUGUUAGCUCAGGUUUCCCUUCAAAAGUCGGAACUGCGGUUUUAGUCAAGGACUUGCAGGCUCACGAUGGGGUUUCCUGAACCGGCUGAAAAUCCUGCGGGAUUAUUUGGAGGAAACGGACCUCAGCUUGACGUAGGGAAGCUGGGCAGCUGAGGCUGAGAUCGUGGGCUCUUCAGGAAGUGCUUUUUCGACACAGACGCCCAACUUCUCUGUGAGGCAAUGUGUGUGAGAAUCCCCCGGGGUCCUGUCCAGCAGCCCCUGGAGGAUCGGAUCUUCACUCCCACCGUCUCGGCUGUGUACAGCACGGUUACGCAGGUGGCAAGGCAGCCAGGCCCUCCUGCCCCCUCCCCUUACUCUGCUCAUGAAAUAAGCAAGGGGCAUCCCGCCCUUGCCGCCACGCCCCCCGGGCAUGCUUCUUCCCCUGGUCUCACCCAGCAGCCAGGCGGGAGGAGGGACAGAAGCUUUCCACCCCACCCAAGAGCCAGCAGUCUUUUUGAAGAUCCAAGGGAACUGGUGCAAAGGAUUCUGGGAUGUGGGAUGGCUCCGUACCCCGCCGGACAGAACGCCGCACCCACCACGCUGGUGUACCCCCAAGCCCCUCAGGCGAUGAGCACCCAGCCUCAGACCCGCUCUCCGCCCGGCCGAGCAGUGCCCAUCCCCUGCCUCGGCCCCUGGAAGCGGAGGAAGGUUUUGGAACAGAGUCCGGCUUACAGGUCCUUGGCGGGAAGAGGCUGGAUAAAAUACUACCUUUUCGCAGCCGGGCCUCGACCUGCCCACCACCAGGGAGGAUUCAGACCGAUCCAGUUUUUCCAGAGGCCUCAAAUCCAGCCCCCUCGAGCUACGAUCCAGAACAGCAGCCCCUCCAUCCGCCCAGGCGCACAAACCCCCACGGCGGUCUAUCAGACCAAUCAGCACAUCAUGAUGGUCAACCACCUCCCCAUGCCCUACCCAAUGCCUCAGGGGCCCCAGUACUGUAUUCCACAGUAUCGGCACAGCGGUCCUCCUUACGUGGGGCCUCCGCAACAGUAUCCCGUUCAGCCGCCGGGGCCUGGCCCCUUUUAUCCAGGACCGGGGCCUGGAGAAUUCCCCAAUGCCUACGGAGCCCCUUUCUAUCCGAGUCAGCCGGUGUAUCAGUCGACACCCAUCAUAGUGCCUACCCCCCAACAGCAGCCGCUCCCACCCACCAAGCGGGAGAAGAAGACGAUCCGCAUCCGGGAUCCGAAUCAAGGGGGCAAAGACAUAACGGAAGAAAUUAUGUCUGGCGGAGGGAGCAGGAACCCCACGCCUCCUGCGGUCCGGCCCACCUCGACCCCCACUCCGCCUCCUGCGAUCCGGCCCACCUCGACCCCCACCCCUCCUCAGGCUCAUUAUCACCCUUUUUUCUACUUCAAAUCUCAGCAGCAGCUGCCCAGCCAGGUCCCUGAGCACAGCCCCGUGGCCUGCGGGACCGUGGAGAACUCUCCCCUCCCGGCCAGCAGCCCCAUCGCGGCGACGGGCGGCCUCAAGCAAGAAGAGAAGCCUAAAACAGAUCCAGUAUUAAAAUCUCCUUCCCCUGCCCUCAGAGCAGAGCCGAGUGGAGAGAGGAAAGAGCAAGCGGGCCUGACUGCGGAGAGCCCCCCCUGUCCAGAGACCUCCUUGGAGCCUCCUGGUCCUGCUGGAGCCCCCUCCCUUGCAGUCGUGCCCCCCAGCAGGUCGCCACUGGCAUCCGGCUCGCAGGAAAGCUGCGAACUGGCUUCCCCGCUGCAGGAGGCUCCACCGCUGGCCAGGGCUGGGCCCUGCCUGGAAUUGCCCAGCUGCCCCCUGGCGGAGGAGGAGGAGGAGGACGAGGCCGCCGACCCAGAGAGAUGUCGGGAGCCCUCUAGGAUAGUCCCCAACGAGCUGCAGCAGACUCCCAGUGCUAAUCUCGCUAAUGAACUCAACGGAGUUCCCGAAAUGGGAACGCUCGGCGACGGCGUCCCGGAACUUGGCGAUGUGAAGGAAGCCGGACCGCCGGCCCUGGAACUGGAGAGUCAAGAACCGGAGGUGGAAAGCCCGCCCCCUGCUGCUGCUGCUGCUCCUUCCGUGGCGCUUCCCAGCUCACCCUCGCCGCCUCCGAGGCCUCCCCCCUCUCCCCUCGCCCUGCCGGUGGCUCUCGGCCCCCAUCUUCCUCCGUCUCCUCCCCGCUCGCCUUCCCCUCCUCUCCUGCCGGGUGGUGCUCCCCCCGCCCUCCAGGAGGAUUUGGACAAUGAGGAGCCCCCCCAACCAGCUCUUAGUAGCGAAGAUGCUCCCAACGCGAAAGAGGAACCGGAGGUGGAUGGCCAGACGGAAGAAGAGCUGGAAGAGGAGGAGGAGGAGGACUUCCAGGGCUUGAGUGCCGAGAGAGGCCUGGAAGAAGCCCCGACAGUUGCAGCUGCACCAAAGACGUGGAAGAAACCAAAAGAACAGAGCCAGGCAGCCGAGGAAGGGCUGGAGGCGGAGCCUGAGCCUCAAGCAGAAGAAGCAGCCCUCGGAGGCGAGUGGAUCCCAGAAGCCGAGCCAGAGGCCGGGAGUGUCAGCAGGGCCUCUCCGUCUGACCCGACGGUAGCCAACGCGACGACGACGGCGGAAGAAAACGGCGAGCAGGAAGGAGACCCUCUCCGCAACGGGGCUGAGGAGGUUUCUGAGAGGGAAGAAGGCUGCGCAGAGAGCGUGAGCGAAGUCCCCAUCCGCCAGCUUAAGCCAGAACCGGGGAAGCCUGCGGACACCGAAGGGAAGAAGCAGUACGACCGGGACUUCCUGCUCGACUUCCAGUUCAUGCCUGCCUGCAUCCAGAAGCCAGAGGGGCUCCCGCCCAUCAGCGACGUCGUCCUCGAUAAGAUCAACCAGCCCAAGCUGCCUCUUCGAACGUUGGACUCUCGGAUCUUGGCCCGGGGCCCAGACUUCACCCCGGCCUUUGCUGAUUUUGGAAGACCAGUCCCCGGUGGGCGGGCCAGCGCUGCCUGCAAAGUGCAGCCCCCACCCGGACUCCCCUCCGGCACGCGGUGUGGCACCCCAGCAUGCCCUUUGUUGGUCUCAUCUCACCCACAGCUGAGGAAUCUGCAGAUAGGGCUGCUGAACGUUGGGCCACGGCGAUCUCAGCCGAGCCAGAGGAGGGAGCCCAGGAAGAUCAUCACGGUGUGCAUCAAAGAGGACGUCCACCUGAAGAAAGCCGAGAACGCCUGGAAGCCAAGCCUGAAGAGAGAGAGCCAUGUGGAGGAUCCCGAGAGCAUCAAAACCCAGGAGCUCUUCCGCAAAGUCCGCAGCAUCUUGAACAAGCUGACCCCACAGAUGUUCAGUCAGCUCAUGAAGCAAGUGACCGACCUGACGGUGGACACGGAAGAGAGGCUGAAGGGGGUCAUUGACCUGGUGUUCGAAAAGGCCAUCGACGAGCCCAGCUUCUCCGUGGCCUACGCCAACAUGUGCAGGGGCCUGGUCAUGCUGAAGGUGCCCAUGGCCGACAAGCCCGGCAGCACGGUCAACUUCCGCAAGUUGUUGCUGAACCGUUGCCAGAAAGAAUUUGAAAAGGACAAGGCCGACGACGAUGUCUUUGAGAAGAAGCAGAAAGAGCUGGAGGCGGCCACCACCCCAGAGGAGAAGACUCGGCUUCACGACGAACUGGAGGAGGCCAAGGACAAGGCCCGGCGGCGGUCCAUCGGCAACAUCAAGUUCAUUGGGGAGCUUUUCAAGCUGAAGAUGUUGACGGAAGCCAUCAUGCACGACUGCGUGGUGAAGCUGCUGAAGAACCACGACGAGGAAUCCCUGGAGUGCCUCUGUCGCUUGCUGAACACCAUCGGCAAAGACCUGGACUUUGAGAAGGCCAAGCCUCGAAUGGACCAGUAUUUCAAUCAAAUGGAGAAAAUUGUGAAGGAGAGGAAAACAUCCUCCAGAAUUCGGUUCAUGCUGCAGGAUGUCAUUGACCUUCGGCAGUGCAACUGGGUGUCCCGGAGGGCAGAUCAAGGGCCCAAGACCAUCGAGCAGAUUCACAAAGAAGCUAAAAUAGAGGAGCAGGAAGAGCAGCGGAAAGUCCAACAGCUGAUGACCAAAGAGAAGAGGCGGCCGGGUGUCCAGAGGGCAGAAGAGGGUGGCUGGAACACGGUGCAGGGGGCGAAAAAUAACCGUGUGCUGGACCCCACCAAGUUCCUUAAAAUCACCAAGCCCAGUAUAGAUGAGAAGAUCCAGCUUGUGCCUAAAGCCCAGUUGGGCAGCUGGGGAAAGGGCAGCAGCGGUGGAGCCAAGGCCAGCGAGAUCGAUUGCUUACGACCAAGUGCCACUAGCCUGAACCGUUUCUCUCCGCUACAAGCGCCUGCGUCAACCGUCUCUGGCACCACCCUGGAGCUGGAUCCUCGCAGGGCCUUGACCAGCCGGGGCAGCACCGGCCGGGAGAAGAACGACAAGCUGCCUCCCUCGGCUGCUUCCCGCCCCAACGCCUUCUUACGGCUUAGUAGCAGCAGCAAAGAGCAGCUCCUGGACAACCAGGCCCAGGAGGAGCAGCGGAGGGAGAUGCUGGAGACCGUGAAGCAGCUGACGGGCGGCCUGGAAAGCGACCGGAACAGCACCGAGGCGGAGAAGAGCAAAGCCAGGGAGGCAGUCAAGUCUGAAGCCCCCGUUCCUCACCCCCAAGAAAAGCCUGCCUUGUCGGACGAAGAAAUUGAAAGGAAGUGCAAAUCGAUCAUCGAUGAAUUCCUGCACAUCAAUGACUACAAGGAAGCCGUGCAGUGCGUGGAGGAGCUGAAUGUGCCUGGCAUCCUGCCGGUGUUUGUGCAAGUGGGUGUGGAGUCCACUCUGGAGAGGAGUCAGAUCACCAGAGACCACAUGGGGCAGCUGCUCUAUCAGCUGGUGCAGGCGGAGAAGCUGAGCAAGCGGGACUUCUUCAAGGGGUUUGCGGACACCUUGGAGACGGCCGACGACAUGGCGAUCGACAUCCCCCACAUCUGGCUCUACCUGGCCGAAUUGGUGACGCCAAUGUUAAAAGAAGGAGGCAUCUCUAUGAGAGAACUUGUGAUAGAAUUUAGUAAACCCUUACUUCCUGUGAGAAGAGCCGGUGUUUUGCUUUCCAAAAUAUUGCACCUUCUAUGCAAACAAAUGAGCCAUAAGAAAGUGGCAGCCUUGUGGAGGGAGGCUGGCCUCAGCUGGAAGGACUUUCUACCUGAAGAGGACGACGUCCACACCUUUCUCCUGGAGCAGAAGUUGGACUUCACGGUAACAGACAGUCCCAGUUCCUCAGAAGCACUUUCCCCGCGAGAACUCUCUGCCGAGGAGCUGAACAAGCAGCUGGAGAAGCUCAUUGUUGACGAAGAAGCCGGCGACGAGCAGAUUUUUGACUGGGCUAACCUAGACGACAGGCAGAUGAGUUCACCUACAUUCCUUAGAGCUUUAAUGACGGCCGUUUGCAAAGCUGCUCUCCUAGUGGACAGCUCUAGCUUGCGAGUGGAUACUGCCGUUAUCAAGCGGAGAGUGCCCAUCUUACUCAAGUACCUAGACUCGGACACAGAGAAGGAACUACAAGCACUUUAUGCUCUACAGGCAUCCAUAGUAAAACUUGAUCAACCUCCCAAUUUGUUACGGAUGUUUUUCGACUGCCUGUACGACGAGGAGGUGAUAUCGGAGGACGCCUUCUACAAAUGGGAAAGCAGCAAAGACCCGGCGGAGCAAACCGGGAAGGGCGUAGCGCUUAAAUCCGUCACCGCGUUCUUCACGUGGCUACGAGAAGCUGAAGAAGAGUCUGAGGAUAAUUAAAACUGAAUACAAAAAAAAAAGAGAGAGAAAAGAAAACAAAAACAAUUUAAGUAUUUUUUUAAAAAACAAAAGUUUCAUGUCUUCGCCAAUCACAGUGCAGCAAGGCCAAUUCUCGCGCAGAACCCCCCUUUUCCCCCACGUGUGCACGAGUGGGGGAGAGGAACAAAAAUACUCACACACGCAAAGGCGAUCAUGGAGGACAAAAAAAAAAAAAGGACUUGAGAAUUCGAGUCCGCGCAAACCUGAGGGGCAGGAGCACUAAACCAAAAUACAUCUUUAUUAUUUAUAGAAACUGUUUUCUGUUUUAAUCUUUUUUUUUUUUUCAUUUUUAAACAAGGACUCUCAUACUUUAAGAAGAACAAAAAAAAACCUGUUUAGACAAAAAAAACCCUGAGAACUAUAAUUUAUUAUUUUAAGAACUGCAAAUGUCAGUGUAAUUUUUAAAUUUGCAGUUUCUGUAACAAAUUGUAUAAUAGACAAAAAAAAAAGCAGAGAAAUAAAUUUACCUCCCUUUCAGAUCCACCUCAAGUUUUGUUUGAAAGCACGGGAGCUGAGUCAUAACUUCUAAAGGGAGUCAGGAAUGAGAGAGUAGAUGAGGGAGAGGAACUUUCAGGAAACACACACACACACAAAAAAACAACACAAAAAAGAAAACCCCCAGAACUUUCUGCCUGCCUCUCGGGUUGCUUCCGAAAUUUAAGAGAAAAGAAGCCAAAAAAAAAAAUGUAACCUUGGACUUGCAUAUCAGAAAAUGGUUGUGGACCAGACUGCCUGGAGAAUUAACGUGUUCGAAACAGCCCUGCCCUGGAAGCAGAAGAAGGAGAGGGGGGGAAAAAAGGCCUAGUGAUAACUUUUCAGAACCUUUAGAGCAACUUUUAAGGCUUGUAAAUAGAUAGAACAAAUAUUUAAAAAAAA